UUCAGCUCAUUGACAAAUCGCGAUGACGUUCCGUUGAGAGCGGUGGUUCGUUCGGGUGGGCCGCGCUCUCUGGCGAAUAUUUGUGAGAUAAUUAUUAUUUCCGAGUUAACCGGCGCCCUAGCGACCGCGGGUAGCCAUGGCGGACGAGGAGAAUAAUUGUGAUGACGGUGGUGGUGAAUAUAAAGCGGGGCAGGCGUUCCGUUUGCGGGGCCGCAAGGGUGCGCUCAAAAAGAAGAAUGUUUAUCUGAUAAAAGACCACAAGUUCAUGCCGAGGUUCUUCAAGCAGCCGACGUUCUGUUCCCACUGCAAGGACUUUAUAUGGGGCUUCGGGAAACAAGGAUACCAGUGUCAGGUGUGCAGCUUCGUAGUCCACAAAAGAUGUCACGAGUAUGUCACGUUCACGUGCCCCGGCGCAGACAAGGGGGCGGAUUCCGACGCGGCCUACGCACCUCACAAAUGGAACACAUGGACGUUCCUUGCGCCAACUUUUUGUGAACACUGCGGUACAUUACUCCAUGGUCUCGCCCAUCAGGGAUUAAAAUGCGGAGCAUGCGACAUGAACGUGCACAAGCGUUGCGAGGAGUCCGUGCCGAAUCUCUGCGGCUGCGACCAUACGGAGAGGCGCGGGCGCAUACAGCUCACCGUCUCGUGCCAGGGGAACAAGCUCACUGUUAUAGUGAUACAGGGACGUAACCUCAUCCCAAUGGACCCCAACGGCCUGUCGGACCCCUACGUCAAGAUGAAGCUGAUCCCGGACUCUGAUAAUGUCAAGAAAAAAACCAAGACCAUGAGGAGCACCCUGAACCCAGUGUGGAAUGAGACCUUGACCUUCGAUCUCAAGGCCGAGGAUAAAGAUAGGAGGCUGCUCAUUGAGGUAUGGGAUUGGGAUCGUACCUCCCGCAACGACUUCAUGGGAUCUCUCUCCUUCGGUAUCUCCGAGCUGAUGAAGGCCCCAGCUGACGGCUGGUUCAAGCUCCUCACCCAAGAAGAAGGAGAGUUCUACAAUGUCCCAGUACCUGAGGAGGGCACAGACCUCGCUCAGUUGAAGAACCAGAUGAGAGCAACCAGUGUUGGAGCCCGCAGGCCUCCGCCCCCGCCGGAUAGGGAGGUGCCCCAUAAUAUGGCCGCUGCUGAUGUUAUCAGGGCUUCUGAUUUCCACUUCAUCAUGGUGUUAGGCAAAGGGUCUUUCGGCAAGGUAAUGCUAGCAGAACGCCGCGGCACAGACGAACUAUACGCCAUCAAGAUCCUGAAGAAGGACAUCAUCAUACAAGACGAUGACGUGGAGUGCACCAUGGUGGAGAAGCGAGUGCUUGCGCUCAGCAGCAAGCCGCCCUUCCUGGUGCAGCUGCACUCCUGCUUCCAGACUAUGGAUCGUCUAUACUUCGUGAUGGAGUACGUGAACGGGGGAGACUUGAUGUUCCAGAUACAACAGUGCGGGAAGUUCAAAGAGCCUGUUGCCGUAUUCUACGCCUCAGAAAUAGCCAUCGGUCUAUUCUUUUUACACUCCCGCGGCAUCGUUUAUCGUGACCUCAAGCUAGACAACGUUCUUCUCGACCAAGAUGGCCACAUUAAGAUCGCUGACUUCGGCAUGUGUAAAGAGGGCAUUACUGGUGACAAAACUACCAAGACCUUCUGUGGUACUCCUGAUUAUAUUGCUCCGGAGAUCAUCUUAUACCAGCCGUAUGGUAAAUCUGUGGAUUGGUGGGCUUAUGGUGUUCUGCUGUAUGAAAUGCUGGUUGGUCAGCCGCCUUUUGACGGGGAAGAUGAAGAGGAAUUGUUCGCGGCCAUUACUGAUAAUAGCGUGUCGUAUCCUAAGACUUUGAGUAAGGAAGCUAAAGACGCAUGCAAGGCGUUCCUGACAAAGAACCCGCAGAAGCGCCUCGGCUGCAACGCGCGCGGCGAGGAGGACGUGCGCACGCACCCCUUCUUCCGCCGCAUCGACUGGGCCAGGAUCGAGGCCAGGGAUGUGCAGCCGCCGUUCAAGCCUAAGAUUAAACAUCGCAAGGACGUAUCCAACUUCGACAAGCAGUUCACUCAAGAGAAGACAGAACUGACGCCGACCGACAAGCUGUUCAUGAUGAACCUCGACCAGACCGAGUUCAUGGGCUUCUCCUUCCUCAACCCAGAGUUCGUGCAGCAUGUCUGAACUAUCAAGGGUUGAAUUUCUCGUCAUUGUUGAAGCUGGCUGCGUGAUGCUCCGGCCACACGAGCCAGCUCUUCACUCCAUCUGUCGACUGUCUCUGUCACUCACACGGCGCGAGUCGUUCGCUGUCUCACUCUCGACUCUACGUUUAGUUAUCGUUGAUUCUUGAGGGAAUGCCAUUCUUAGGCUCUUCGAAGGACGUUAGGAGAAGUAUUUGCUCAUUCCCGUUAAUUUUACUACUCUUAUUUUAAGUCGAUGAUAUUCUAUACCAUCCAAUACGACAUGACUAAGUUUGUUUAGUUUAUCUCAUUUUUAAUAUCGAUAUUUGAAUGUCACAUCACUAGUCAAGUCACUGUCAAAAUGUACUUGGAUUAAAAUGUGUUGCUUCAUAAUAGCGAUGUUAAAAAUGAAUCGUUAUCCUAAGAGUAGUCGUUUGGUUAAGUAUAAUUUUUGCAAUAAUUAAUUUAUUUAACUGCAAUAAUAUUUGAAACGGAAUGUAAUCCAACGAAUUUCGCUAAGCAAUAUUAAUUGGAGUAAAACCUUAUUGUUGAAUUUUUGCUCUCUACGUAAUUUACAUUGGCAAUAUUUUUUUCGGCGAUUUUAAUCUAUUUUAAUUUGAGAAUCAUAUUCAGAAUCUCGUGACAUGGCAAUCUCUAAUAUCAUGAUCUUGGGGCCACUUGAUAAUAUAGUAAAUGUUGAUCACCACUCAGUAUUUAUACCUUCUGUCAAAAUAUACUCUAUUAGAAGUCGUUAAAGUUUAUAAUUGCUUGCAAUUUUGACAGAUCGCGUCAAACUGUGUGGAUGUUUUAUGUUCGAUUUCACGUUUUUAUCACAUAUCAGUGUUGUUUAUAUUGUAAAUACUGUCGUGUCGUGUGGAUGGCAAUAUUGUUAAGCGUUUUAGAUGUCCAAGGGGCUUAAAGAAACAUAUUUAGCGUACGCUACGAAGCCAAGUGAUCGCUUGAAUAUCUUUUUAGAUCUUCUAGCUUAUGUACAAUUUUAGAACACUAACUUAAUUAAACUGUCUCAACGCAUUUUAAAGACAUGUGUAUUGCGAAAUUUUAACUUACUGAGCGAAUGUUUGAAGUUAAUAUUAGAUGGAUAUGGAAUGGUAUUAGCGUAAACUAAAUGUGUUUCCUUCUUCAUUUGAUUUCACAAUAAUAAUUUAGCUCAUUAUUAUUUGAAUCUCGAGUUUACUUACGUAGUUAGAGAAUUCCGUUUUAUUGUUGACUUUGAUCAUUUUUGGGCUUUCUUCGAUAAUAAUAUUAUAAUAACUACUCUUUUCUGCCCAAAGAUGUCGUGUUUUGUUUUAAAACAAUGUGCGCCUGUAAAAAGGUCGUGCUAUUAAGUUUUCAUUGUCUAUGGUAUCACGUUGUUUGUUUUUAAAGUUUUUCGAAGUGUCGUGAUCGCAUUUUGUGAUGUAUGGAUGAUCUAAUCGUGUAUCGUAUUAGCUUGACUGUUAGCUUGUAUGCGUGUGUUGGUGAAUGUUCACUUGUGUGCGUGAUUUCGUUUCGAUUCGAUUUGUAUCGAUGUUAUAAUGUCACUUAUAUUGAAAUAAAUUUGUAAUCAUUGUUUCUCAUAUCAACUGGUAACUAAGUAAUCAAAAGUAAAAGAUUUUAAGUUUCAAUUGAAUAUCAACAGUAUUUUCAAACAGUAAAUCAAUAAGUUAUGAAUAUUUAUAAUAUCGAUACAAAUUGCUAACAGCAAAUAGCUGUCAAUAAUCGUCUACUAAAAUAGCCUUACUAACUUAAUUAAUAAUUAAACGCUAUAUAAAGUAAAUUUUAAAAUCGUAUAUAAACUCUUGCUAGAUUAAUCGAUGUGGAUUAAAAAUGAAAAAGAAAGCAUUUGAUUCUAAAUUGAAAUGUAAUAAAAUGACAUUUAGGUGUUUUUGUUUUUAUUUUAUAUAAAGUACUUUUAGCUUAAUUAUAAUAAUUAUUAUCUUUCAAUAGUAUUCUCGAUUUGCCGCGCAUUCCCAAUGCGGUUUUGCUAAAGAUAGUUAGAUGUAACGGUAAUUUUUAAAUUCUUUUCGUAGGCGUAAGUGAAUUAAUUUAAGGACGCUGGCUCGUUUUUACUUCGUUAUUGCAUUUCAGUCAAACAGUAUUCAAGAAUCAAGAUCAUUAUUUUUUAUUAUAAUUUAUUUUGACAUUUAUUUUUGUACAUCUUUUUAAUUUACUGACAGCAUUUUAUUUUUUACAUGGCAACAUUUACUAAUAUUAUGAAUUUGAACGCAUGUUUUUAUUAUUAUUUUUGUGUCAAUUUAUCAUUUUUACUAACAUUCUGAAUUUGAACGCGAGUUUUUUUUGUGUUAAUUGUGAAAACCAGCCAGCCUCGUAGGUUAACAACAGCUGGAGCGGGAGACAACGUAGAGGGCGCGUACGCACCCACCCAUCCCCGUGUCUGCGUACAAUGCGUACAGACACACCCCGUGGUCCCGUACAGUUAUAAACAUUUAUAAAAUAGCUUGUUUAGAGGGCUACUUACCUACAUCUUUCGAAAUAAAUAUGAAAUAUAAAAUUGUCUCCUACAUAUUUACAUAGGUAUUUGAAUGACAAAGAGAAAUCUUACAAUUGGUUUUUAAAAUCAACCAAAAAUGAUGUUUACAGACUUUGCCGGAUGGAAAUUAAUGUUAAAAAAAUCAAGUUAAUAUCUUCGAAAUAAUUAAAGUCCAGUGCUUGAAACAAUCUGAAAAUAACAAUAUCCUAUUCAUAUUUAAGUAGUAAGAGAUUAAACAAGAACUGUGAACUCUAUUUCAAAGAUAUUUUACAAGCGUUUAUAACCACACAAAACUAUAUACCCUCCACCCAGCUACGUUUUCUUUAUAGUUAGUGUUAAUUAGCUAAACUUUUCUGUUAGAAUUUAGAGUACCUUUCUACGGAACUUCUGUGUUUAAAGGAAUCUACACAAUCAGUUUUCAAAAUAUUGCUGUCAAAGAGUAUCAAUCUUAUUCAUCAAGAGAGAUUGCAAUUAUCGAUAUUGGCAAUACCAAAAUAAUAUCGAUGCUAUUACGACCGAGAUAUAUCUUUAUAUCGAUACUUUUUUAACAAUCUAGGUGCCACACUAUUAUUGACAAGUUACCAUCUUGUCUUAAAACUGUAAGUGUCGUGGAAAGGUGCUCUUAAUGAAUGUAUAACUUCUAAUUAGUGUCUGCUAGCUUAUGCCUUUACACCCUAUUUUAUUCUGACUUGGUCAAUAAUAGGUAAUAAUAUAAAUUUAAAAAGUUUAUAAAACUUAUAGUUAUUUAUUUAUCUAACCGUUAUUGUAAGAUCUCACUUGUAAAUAAGGCAUAGUUACGAGUUACUUCACACGUUCUGUUGCCUCCACGGACUGUCAAAAAUGACAGAUAUGACAUCGCGUGAGGAAACUACACCUUCUGGUCAUAAUAUUAAGAUUCAUUUCCAUAUAACCCGUUGAAUAUUAAAAUUUUAGAAUAAGUAUUAUAGUUCAAGCCAUAUUAUCGAGUUUCCAAAUCUUAAGCUUGCUUUAUAUGCUUCGACAUUUUUAUUUUAGUGACGUGCGCUGUGACGUUUAUCGAUAAACUGUUUGAAAAUAUUCUGCUCUGAUAUGCCAUCACUAGUUCCGUGAAAAAGUAUUUGAUGAUAUUCCAUUUCUGGGUGACAAUGAAAAAAGAAGAUUAUGGAUGAUAGGGACUAGGCAAUGGAUUGAAGGAGUAAGAAUAAUCUCGAGUCAAUCUGUGCAGUAUGUUUAAAUUGUUAUUAUGUAUAGUUAAUGUAUGUGUUCAGUGAGAAUUAGUUUUAAUAUCUUGAUAUUAUUUAGCAUAGAUUACGAUAUCGUGUUAGAUUUAGGUUGCUCUCCUGAGUCCUGAGUUUUGCGUACUUUGAAUUGUUUGCUUACAGAAAUGAUAUGUUCAUAGUGAGUCGGCCAUAUUGUGACAGUCGUUUUGUUUUUUUUAAGUCGCUGUAAUUUUAACAAUAAUUUACAAGACAUAAUCCUUUUAAAAAUACAUUGCGCUUGUGAUGAAUAAAAAAAAGUAAAAAUCAUCAAGAAAUAAGUUGUUUUAAAUCAAAUUUUAAAUCGAUAAAAUAUGUAUUUAUGUAUUCGUUUAUAUCUCAUAAAUAGGCCUAAACCUUUCUAUAGAUUAAGCCCGUAGUUGAUACAGGUCUUAGUAUACUUUUGAAAUAUUUUACUAAUGGAUAUUCGAGUGUUUAAAAUUUUACAAAGACGAUGUCGCUAAUGCACCAUCACCUGUGCCAAAAUAUGUAAAUAUUUUCCAUAAUAUAUUAGUACUGUAUUGAAUAUUUGUAACCAAUCGUUUUUAUCUUGUUACCUAUAUUUUAUCAUUCUUUAUUGUAUUAAUGGCAACACCAACGAAAUAUCAUCAACUACGAUGUUAAAGACGUUGAAAUAACAGAAAAAAAGUAUUAAAAUCAGAUAGACAGUUGCCGCUAAUAAAAUAAAGAAAUCAAUCACUUCAACUUGUACUAUUUUUGCACGUUAUCCAAUUGUGUAAGCAAAUAAGCACUAUUUUUAAUUAAAUAAUAAUCAAACACCAUUGUUUUUCCAUAUAAUAUUGUAAUCGUUGUUUAAAGUUUAGUCUUAAAGUCAAUAGACAUUCUUAUACUGCCACACUGUUCAGGCUUUUAACCUAUUAAACUUUAAACAAUGCUGAAAUUAUUAAUAAAUCAUUUCGAAUAAUGUUAUACAAGAACUGUUUAUAUUGUUACAUUAACUAUUAUUGCAAGGCUUCAAUGAAUUUUUAAACUACACUGCAACUAUUUCUGUGAUAUAUCAUCCUUUCACAAGCUGCGAGGGAGAGUUGUUUAGAACUGACCAUUUAUUAAUAUUAUAAUAAGAAAUAACAAUUGACAUCUCACAUAAUUCUUCAUUAUUUAUUUUAAGAAACCAUGUGCCAAAAAUGUUUUAUCCAUUUUAGUUAUGACUGAAAUCUAAGCAACUCUUCAAAGUACGUUUUAGCGGUCUAUUCAAAUUGGCGCGAAUGUCUAUGUAGUCUAUGGCGAAAACGCGCGAAAUCGAGCGAAAGACGCCAUGUUUGAAGAGACCUAUUAAAAAUAUGUAAAGUGCACUUUCAAUUUCAGUUAGUCUACCGUCGUCGCCUCUCACUAGGAUUAAAUAAUAAUUAUUAUUAAAAUUUUGAAUUUUAACCAAUAUUUGCGAUGAUAAAACAUGGCCGUGUGCGGGCACAGCUACAGUGACAUCUGUGUGUUCGCACGCCAUCAUGGUUUAUGAGAUUUUAUUGCAUAUUCUAUUAUUAAUAUCGAUAGUGUAGUAACAGUAUUUCGAUUUGUAGUAUUACAUUUGUCAUUUUCAAGGAUUUUUGGGGCAUGUAGCCAUGUGCGGGGGAGUGUAGCCACUUGUAGGGGCGUGUAGCCACGUGCGGGGGACAUAAGCCACGCGCGAAUGUCUCUCGAUAGAUCUGUGACUGGGAUCUCUGGUUGUUUGUAUGGAUUUUCUCGAAGGUGAAUGUCGAUUGUACUCAACAAUAUAAAUUUCUAAUCCAUUAGA